AUGCGAUCUGUACUACGUAUUGUACCUAGGGGAUCAUUAAACGUACAGUACGGCUCACGAACUCGGUACGUUCGUGCUGAAUACGUGACCGCUACGGUUCACUUUGCACGGACCGUAUUACGGUCCGUUACAAGCCCUGCGGAAGACCGAGGCAGGGGUCUGGUCUCCAGGAGCCGCUUCCUGAGAGUUCCUAUUUUUCUCGAUUUGGUCAUUGUGAUGGAUGUGGUCCUUGUGAGUGUGGAAUACCAUCUUGUGCCCGAAUAUCCGUUUCCGGCUGCCCUAGACGAUUGCGAUGCAGCAUUACAAUAUACCAUCGAAAAUGCGGAGCCGUUAGGCGGGGACAGCGACAGGAUUUGUGUAGAGUUGGGAGAAAGGAGGGAGUACAAGGGAGUAGAGUGGGAGCAGUUCGUCGACGGUGGGAUAUCCGAUCGGAAAUCCGCCGAGCAGUUUUGGGAAUGGUAUCUUCACCCCACCCUUCCUUCCUUCUCUUCCCUCAGCACUACUCCAAACGAAAUCAGUAUCAACCCCUCAUCCAGCUCAGAAGAAGAGAUCUCAAAUCUCCCUCCAAUAUAA